AUGGGGACUGGCCACAACAGACGGUAUGGUGUCUAUGAAAUUCGACGAUCAGUAACUGGACAUGCUCUGCCUAGUGCCAGGGAAGUUCAACUGAAAGUUUUCGGAGAGAAACGAAUUUCUUCUGAUGAUUUUAACCAGUUCUUCAUGCAGUGGGGGCAGUUUGUCGCACAUGAUUUGGGUCUUUCCCCCACAAAACAAACAACUUCUGGACCUUUCCAAUGUUGUGAGAGUGAUGGCUCAGCAGUUCUACCAGCAUCAAAACUUUCUGAUGCAUGUUAUCCAAUUCCUGUGUCUCCUCAUGAUCCUGUCUAUAGCAAAUAUGGUGUGUGCUGUAUGGAGUUUGUGCGUGCAAUGACAGUUGUCCCUGAUGACUGUGUGCUUCAGCCAGCAAUCCCGAUGAAUGGUGCCACAUCACACUUAGAUCUUUCUGUGCUCUAUGGUAACAAUGAUUUGGCUAACAGUGGACUUCGUAAAAAUGAGGAUGGUCGCCUUGCAGUAUCAGUUUUCCAUGAAGGACAAUUUAUGCCCCUGACACCUGACAGUCCUCUACCAUGUGCUUCUCAACAUCCUUCAGACACUGUCUGCUUCAAGAGUGCUGAUCCUCGUACUAAUCAGCAGCCUCUGAGAAGUGCUAUACAUGUGCUAUUCUUACGAGGACAUAACCGAAUAGCAAAAGUUCUUGCUAAGUUUAAUCCUCACUGGAAAGAUGAACAACUCUAUCAACAAGCAAGGCGGAUUCUGACUGCUAUUUACCAACACAUCACAUAUGAAGAAAUGUUGCCAAUUUUGAUAGGAAAACAUGCAUUUAAAGAACACUUCCAUGCAUACAAAUAUAAUAAAAAAUUGUGUCCUGGCACAUUUGUCGAAUUUACCACUGUGGCAUUCAGGUAUCUUCACACGAUUGCACAUGGAAUUCUAAGGUUAAUGACAGAAGGUCGUGAAAUCAAUAAAGAGCUUGUGCUCAGUGACUUCUAUAACAGACCAACAAUAGUAACUAAGAAAUUUGAUGAAAUUCUAAUUGGAGCAAUCUCUCAAGAAUGUCGCAAAGAUGAUGAAAAUUUUGACAAAGAGAUAGCUCAUGAACUGUUCAGGGCAAAUAGAACUACAUUUGGCUUAAGUCUUCCUGCUAUUGACAUACAGAGAGCCAGAGAUCAUGGUGUGCCUUCCUACAAUGAGCUUCGUAAAUUGUGCGGACUUCCAAAAGCACAUGAUUUUGAUGACCUCUCUGACACUAUGUCUCAUACAUCAAUUAAGAAAUUGAGGAGUGCUUAUAAACAUGUAAAUGAUAUAGAUCCACUAGUUGGAGGAACAAUGGAAGAAGGAAUGCCUGGUGCGAUUAUGGGGCCCACAUUUGUGUGCCUUGUAACCAAACAGUUCCUUUUAACACAGAGGUCAGACAGAUUUUUCUACCUCAACAGAGAUCACGAACAGCCAUUCAGUCCAGCACAACUUGAGGAGAUCAAAAAAGCUUCUGUUGCCAGCCUCCUAUGCACCCUCACAGACAUUAAGAAGAUACAAAGGAAUGCAUUCGCUGCGAUCUCUGUUCGGAACCCUCUGGUAUAUUGUUAUGAAAUACCUAGAGUUGAUUUGUCUGCAUGGAAGGAGAACACAUCUGAAUCUGUGGAAGAAGCAUGGUAGUUAGCUUACAGAAUAUCUGUAUUUCAGUUAAUAAAAUUCCAAAC